GCGCUCCUCCUGCUUUUCUGAGUUGGGCGCAAAGAGACACUCAACCAUGAUACUUCCAUAAGUUCUAAUGGGGAAGUCUCGCUCUCACUGGCUGUGCUUCCCUUGUCUAAAACUGACCGGCAGCUUUCGGAGGUGCCCUCUUUCUAAAAGGAGCCUGGUAAUUGCGAGCGUGUGUGUUGUCUAUUUGUUUUUUGUGGUUUCACAAGUUGGAUACUCGCAGCAGCACCGGAACAGAAGGACUGACAGAGACAAGCACCAACACACCCGUGGAUUGUAUAAUUUGGAUGUUAAUGAUGCGCUGCCAGAUUCUGCGGAUUUGCGGACCGGUGCGGGCUUUGUGGUCCCGACACGAUCCAACGUGGUGUACAUAACGCUUAAAUCUAAGCGCCUGAAACCAGCAAAUAUCCGGGGUACAAUCAGACCCAAACUGAGGAGAAAAGUGAGACGGACUAAGUCGGCAAAUUCAGCUUUUACGCAGAACAAACUUGACACUUUGGAGCGAGACGCGGGCCAAAUUAAGCGCAACUUUGCACGCAAGUCCUCCUUGGGAGAAACCAGGGAUGUCGAUUAUAAGUCAUUGGAUAUAAUCCAUAAAUCUCAUGCAGAUGCAAAAACAGACUCUCACAUUAGCUCUAUCCGAAUUUACAGCCAGAGGGCACCGCCGUGGUUCAGCCCUGAUGACGUGAAAGCCAUGCGCUUUCUUGCGGAUGCCAAAGUUGUGCGCAUCAAAGAAGUUUCUCACGGAGACUCUCCAUCACUUCUGAUAUUUGAGGGCGAGACGAGCGGUUCAGUGACCAACCAAAAACACACAAAGCUGAGCAAUGUAUGUGCAGCGCAGUGUGGAGUAAUCAGCAGCCCUGUGGACACCACCGAGGUCUUCGCCUUUCAUCUGGACAGGGUGCUGGGGCUCAAUAGGACAUUACCGGCUGUAAGCAGGAAGUUCAGCUUUUUGCACGAUGGCCAGCCCUGUCCAGUGGUGUCAUGGGACGCAUCUCUCUACCCAGAAGGCCUUGCUGCAGGUUGGUCCACCGUGAGGUUAACAUGGGGGGAGUACCAGAGCUCCCUGAAGCAGAGGUGCUGGCAUAAAAACAGCAGCCCAAAGCCUGACUCCGGCUGCUCCACGGUUCAUCACUAUGAGUGGAGUAAACUGGCUCUGUUUGACUUCUUGUUACAGAUCCACAACCGCCUGGAUCAGAGCUGCUGUGGGUUCAGGCCCAGGCAGGAGGAUGCGUGCGUGGAACUGGGCCACCACGCCGAUUGUGGGAACCAGAACGGAGUACAACUGGCAAACAUCAUCUACAGGGGUCACGACCCCCGACACCUAGUCUUCACCAACAACAAGGGCUUCUUCGACCGCAACGAGGACAACCUGGACUUCCGGCUCCUGGAAGGAAUCAAAGAGCUUCCGGAGCAGGCCGUGUCGGUGCUGAGGAGCAGGAGGCUGAGGGAGAAGCUGCUGCAGUCUCUGUUCCUGGACCAGACAUACUGGGAGAGCCAGGGCGGCCGGCAGGGCAUCGACAAGCUGAUUGAUGUGAUCGAGAGGCGGGCCAGCGUCCUCCUCACCUACAUCAACGCUCAUGGGAUCAAAGUCAUCGCGAUGAACGUGUGACGAGAGUCCCGGCAGUCAGGUGGCCAAAUUACUGAGACACAGACCAAGUAAAUGAAUUGCUUGAGCUCUGUGACUUCACUGUCUUUUGUACCACAGAAGCUUUAUCAACUCACAUUUUCUAAAUAGGCCUGGAUAAAAACAUAAAAUUGUCAUACAUAUUCUAAUUUAUGACAACUCUUUAAUAUCAGUUUAUAUCACAAUACUGCAAAUAUGUAUGUUGUCAAGUAAAACUGGCCCCAAUCCUCAGGAACAUGUCAAUGUACAGAGAAAUACUGGGAAAAUGAAGCAAUAUUCAUGAGUUAUUUUAUGUUAUUUUUUUUAUUUAUGUGUUUCUAACAAUAACAAAUAUCAUAUUGCUAAUGAAGGACUUGUUCUAAAUUGCCCACUAUGAUUUCAAAAUAGCAUCGGUUCACUUGUUGAUGACUCUAACAGCAAGCUGUUCAAGUCAUUUGAGGUCCUUUGCAUAAGAUAAAAGGAGAUGCAUUAAUUUAACGAAUUUCCACAUUUAAAAUGAGCUUAACUUAUACUCAAAGGAGCUGGUUUCGCCCCUUUCGAGUCUUCAUUUCUUUCACCCCCAGGCGUGGAAAACGCUGCAGUUCCACAUUUCCUCCUGAGGCCGUCCAGCAGUGAGCGGCAGGUAUUGAGAGCCUCUUAGCGUAGCCACAAUCCAGAUCCACUCGGCUUGACUGGGGGCACACAGUACACACUGGAAAAAAGAUGUCAGUUUAAGUUAUUUGAUCUUGUGUCCAAUUUUUUUUUCACAAAACUCCAGAGAAAUCAAAUUAUUAUCACAAUUGUAUGUUUUUAAGAUCUAAUACAACAUCACUUAUUAUCAUGAACAUUGCAUAUUGUAACACAUGUUUGGGCCUACUGACUGUACACUGAAGAACUUAAAGAUGAGAGAUACAUGAUAUUAUUCUCGUUUAUAUGCAAUCUUAUUUUCAAUUUAACUACAAAAACACCUUUAGCUGUAACCUUUUUCACUGUUUUUAUUUAUUUUUGUACUUGCUUUUUUAAUUGUUGAAGAUGUUUGAGAAUCAGAUGGUCAAUAAAAGCAUUCAU